CUUUCUUGUGUGGGUGGGCCCACCGAGGAGGAGGAGCCUCCUGAGGCUCCCUCUAUCUGAGGCCUCAGGCAGAAGUCAGGGUAUCACGGACAAGCUGGGCCCUCAAGUGGAGGUUGGGUGGAAAGCGCCCACCCCGGUACUGGCUUGGUGGGGUCACUCGGGCGGGACUCAAACAUGAAACACUGACGCGCAGAGGAAACGGGAGCUAUUGCGCAUGCGCUCGAACGCUGGCCCAUUCCAGGGCACGUACGCACGCGCGCUCCUGGGAGCCUCCCAACCUUCCGGGUGCGGGCGGGUCAUGUUACGUCACGUCGUUUAAUCCGGAAACGGCGGCGGAGGCGACAGGAUCGAGGGGCCUUGGUAGGUGGGCAAGUCGGGAAACCCAGAAAGAAGCGUGACCCGGAAGCGGAAGCGGGUUCCCGUCCCAGCUCCGGUGAGUGGCCCCUGCUGGACCGCGGAUACCGGGCGGGCGUGCGGGCGGCAGCGUACGAGGCUUCUACUCGCCCGGGUGUCCGGUGCCUCGCUUCUCCCUGGGACCCUGUCGUCAACAUCGAGGCCUGCCAGUGAGCUUCUACCACCAUGGACCUGUUGUUCGGGCGCCGGAAGACGCCAGAGGAGCUACUGCGGCAGAACCAGAGGGCCCUGAACCGUGCCAUGCGGGAGCUGGACCGCGAGCGACAGAAACUAGAGACCCAGGAGAAGAAAAUCAUUGCAGACAUUAAGAAGAUGGCCAAGCAAGGCCAGAUGGAUGCCGUUCGCAUCAUGGCAAAAGAUUUGGUGCGCACCCGGCGCUAUGUGCGCAAGUUUGUAUUGAUGCGGGCCAACAUCCAGGCUGUGUCCCUCAAGAUUCAGACACUCAAGUCCAACAACUCGAUGGCACAAGCAAUGAAGGGUGUCACCAAGGCCAUGGGCACCAUGAACAGACAGCUGAAGUUGCCCCAGAUCCAGAAGAUCAUGAUGGAGUUUGAACGGCAGGCAGAGAUCAUGGAUAUGAAGGAGGAGAUGAUGAAUGAUGCUAUUGAUGAUGCCAUGGGUGAUGAGGAAGACGAAGAGGAGAGUGAUGCUGUUGUGUCCCAGGUCCUGGAUGAGCUGGGACUUAGCCUAACAGAUGAGCUGUCAAGUGAGUGCUCCAAAACCUGGGCCCCAUUUCCCACCCAAGGCCCAGCCACAGCCCCAAGCCCUCCCUUUGCCUGCAUUACUCCCCUCCCCUGCUCAAACCCCCCCUUUCUCUGCAGACCUCCCCUCAACUGGGGGCUCGCUCAGUGUGGCUGCUGGUGGGAAAAAAGCAGAGGCCGCAGCCUCAGCCCUAGCUGAUGCUGAUGCAGACCUGGAGGAACGGCUCAAGAACCUGCGGAGGGACUGAGUGCCCCUUGCCACUCCAAGAUAACCAGUGGAUGCCCAGGAUCUUUUACCCUAACCCCUCUGUAAUAAAAGAGAUUGGACACUA